AUCCUCUCUCUCUCUCUCCUCUUCCAAAGCUUCUCUUCUUCUCCUUCUCCUCCAAUUCUCUCCUCUCUAAACCUCCAUUCGCCAAACCCCAAUAAAUAUUUUAUUUAAUUAAAAAAGCAACCCAGGCAGCAAAAGAAGCCAAAACGAGAGAAGGAGAGAGAAAGGGAAAGAGUAAAGGAGAAAGAAGAAGAAGAAGAGGAAGAGCUGAGUUUGCUCCUUCUCGGAAUUGCGAUUCCGUUCCCCUUACCCUGAUUUCAAUUUCGAAUUUCUCUAUUAUCCCUUCUUCGGUUUCUGUAAUGGAGCUCUUUCUCUUCCCUUCUCCUUUAGCUCUGUGAGAGAACAAAUAGUGUGCCUGGAGUUUGGGAGGAAUUGGCGGGGGACGACAAUUGGAUUCCUCCUUCCUCCUUCCUCUUGUUUGGUUUUGUGUUGUUUGUUGACAAGAGUUUUGUAGUUGAGAGGAGCAUGGGGCUCUGCACCUCCAAACCCUCCACGGACAGGAGCAUCCACGUCUCCUAUCCCCCAUCCGAGCCGCCGACCAACGCCGCGGCCGGCGACGGCGGAGCGGAGAGGCCGGAUGCGUCGAGCGCGGACGAGAGCUUGACCUCCGAUGAUCAGAGGAGGAAGGAGAGGACGGAGCUGGAGAAUGUCAAGAAGUCGCCGUUCUUCCCCUUCUACAGUCCCAGUCCAGCGCACUACUUCUUCUCGAAGAAGUCUCCGGCGAGAUCUCCGGCUCCGAAUGCUCCUACUGGGGGCAACUCCACGCCCAAGAGGUUCUUCAAGCGACCCUUCCCCCCGCCGUCUCCGGCGAAGCACAUACGAGCUGUUCUGGCGAGGAGGCAUGGUUCGGUUAAGCCCAACGAGGCGUCGAUCCCCGAAGGGAGUGAGGCGGAUGGGAUGGCUGCCCUGGAUAAGAGCUUCGGAUUCUCUAAGCAUUUUGGGAACAAGUACGAGCUGGGAGAUGAGGUUGGGAGAGGCCAUUUCGGAUACACUUGCGCAGCUAAAUUCAAAAAGGGCGAGCUCAAAGGACAGCAGGUUGCCGUCAAGGUCAUCCCGAAAGUGAAGAUGACCACAGCAAUUGCAAUUGAGGAUGUGCGAAGGGAGGUCAAAAUAUUACGAGCACUGACUGGACAUAAUAACCUAGUGCAAUUCUAUGACGCAUACGAGGACAGUGAUAAUGUCUACAUUGUAAUGGAGUUGUGUGAAGGAGGAGAGCUUUUGGACAGAAUUCUUUCCAGGGGAGGGAAAUAUUCAGAGGAGGACGCAAAGACAGUAAUGAUACAAAUAUUAAACGUUGUUGCAUUUUGCCAUCUACAGGGUGUGGUACACCGGGAUCUUAAACCUGAGAAUUUCCUCUUCACUACCAAGGAUGAGAACUCGCAACUGAAGGCCAUAGACUUUGGUUUGUCCGACUUCGUUAAGCCAGAUGAGAGAUUGAAUGACAUUGUUGGCAGCGCUUAUUAUGUAGCUCCUGAAGUUCUACAUAGAGCAUAUGGUACGGAGGCUGAUGUAUGGAGUAUAGGUGUGAUUGCUUAUAUUCUAUUAUGUGGCAGCCGCCCAUUUUGGGCACGGACCGAAUCUGGAAUCUUUAGAGCUGUCCUAAAAGCCGAUCCAAGCUUUGAUGAAGCGCCUUGGCCAUCCAUGUCUCCUGAAGCCCGGGACUUUGUUAAACGACUACUGAAUAAAGAUCCUCGAAAAAGAAUUACUGCUGCCCAAGCCUUGAGUCAUCCAUGGAUUAAAAGCUCUAAUGAUGUUAUUAAAGUUCCCCUUGAUAUAAUAGUAUUCAAGCUGAUGAAGUCUUACAUGCGUUCGUCAUCUCUUCGUAAAGCCGCUUUGAAGGCAUUGAUGAAGUAUGCAACAGAUGCUAUGAAGGAAUCUCGGAUCCCUGAUUUCCUAGCAUCGCUGAAUGCACUCCAGUACAGAAGGAUGGACUUUGAAGAGUUCUGUGCAGCUGCAUUAAGUGUCCAUCAGCUAGAGGCUCUUGACAGGUGGGAGCAACACGCUCGUUGUGCCUACGAGCUUUUUGAUAAGGAUGGGAACAGGGCCAUUAUGAUUGAAGAACUGGCAUCGGAGCUUGGCCUCAGCCCGUCUGUCCCUGUCCACGCAGUUCUGCAUGAUUGGAUUAGGCACACCGACGGGAAGUUGAGCUUUCUGGGUUUUGUGAAGUUGUUGCAUGGUGUGUCUAGCCGGACGUUUGUGAAAGCUCAAUAGCAGCAGCAGCAGCAGUUACUGGAAAUGAAAAAUCCAACUCUCGAGUUCCUCCACAGGCACGGCGUGUUAUUUUUCCAUUAAACUCAGAACCUGGCUCUGGAGACAUUGCCUGGCACACCGACUGGUAAAUUUUCAAUCUGCGAUUCAGGAAUCUGUUACAUGUGUUUGGGUAGUCGAUCUCUUUGCCAAAGAAAUUGGGGGGGUUGGUGUUUUGGAAGUUGCCAGUCAAUGUAAAGUUGUAGUUAAGAAAGUAAAAGCAUAGGGGAAGUUUGUGUGUUAAGAAGAUCCUGCUGAAAGGAAAGGAAACCCUUAUUCACACCCUCACCACCAAGCCCAAUGUGUCCACCCAUCAUCAUGAUUUGUGAAGAGAAGUUUUAAUAUUCAUCAUUGCUUUGCUCUGCCGUUUUAGCACUGUUCUAGUCAACAAAGUGUAUUUGUCUCGGAUCCCUCUGGCCUCUCUCUCCCUCUGGUGUUCUACCUUUCCUUCUUGCUUUCUUAUUCUGACUGGAUCUCGAUGGGCAAAGCAAAAGCCAUCAAUGUCCACCAUAUUGGAAUGGGAAAUCCUUCCAAAAGCUGGAAAAGGCUGCUUCGAGAUUGCCCACUGAAAGA